CUCUGGUCGAGUGAAGAAGAGCCGCAUACACAUGAUGAAACAACAUGCUAACGAUACUUUUCCUGUUAGUUUAAAGCUUUUAUUGGAAAAGUUAUGGUUUAAAAGUGUUUUUGUUAUUGUAUCCAACUAAUAUUUUCAGCUCUGACUCUGGAUCAUCGGACACAUUGGUAUGGAAAUGCUCAUUUUUACGAAUGUAAUUACUUAGCGUGGCACAAAUAGCUAACACGUUUGAUAUUUACCGGUGUUUCGGUUUAAAGAGUGACCUUACAAAUGUCUGUCUGCCGAAUUCGUCUGUGAUUGUCGUAGUUACUACAGCUGAUGUGAACUGUCUUGAUAAUGCCUCCUGUUUGUCAUUAAAGACAUGUUUAAAGAGUACGUUUUGACAAUUUGGUGAAAAAAAGGUUUAUUCACGACGACAACCACUGACGCAUUCGGCGGAGGGUCACUCGUUAGCACGGUCACACUUCAAGCCGAAACACCUGCUAGUGGCACAGCAGCUGUUACCAAAAUCUGAACCAGAAAGCUACCUGUCCAUCAUUUACUAAUUGAUUUUAUUAUUUAAAUCAAUUUCGAAUUAAAGUAUGGAAAGCUUGGGGGUUGUUUUGUAAGCUCCAUCUCAAUAUUGUUGUCUAUUUGCCAUCAAAACAGAUAAUUUUGGUAGGGUACCCAAUAGGGGUGCAUGAUCACAAUUUUCACCGAUCUUCUGCCGAUACCGAUUUUGGCCGAUACCUUUUUUUUCUUUCUCUUUAUAACUGACAACAUACAUCUUCAAUGCUCCAAUCUUAUUUCAAUGAAAAACAUUAAACAAUACAAACCUUUUUGUGUUUGUUUUAACUGCACAUGAGUUAGUUCUCUCAAAUAUAAAUGCAAAGUUUCCAAUAUUGCUGUCCCAACUCCAAAAUUAUAUCACUUCCUUUAGUCUUCCGUUUUCCACAUUUUAAAAAUUAACAAUACUUGUGCAACAGGUCACACUGCAGGCCUGUUUUGAGCCUCUUACCAAAAUAAAGUGCACAGCAGUAUUUUGCUUUUACAAACAAAGGAAAUCACUUUAUCCCAAACUGGGAAAUUCAAAUGUUACAGCGGCUAAAAAUACAGAAUAAAAUUAAGUAUAAGAAGAAGUAAGUACAAUACAGACUAAAGAUACUAAGUAUAUUCAAUAAAUACAGACUAAAUAUACUAAACAUCCUAAGAAAAAAAAAAAAGGAAGUUGAUUUGAGGAAGUUAGUAAAAUUAUAAUCUACAGGACAAACUAAACUGGUGGGCGGGCCUGUCAUUCUGCAAAAGCAAACAGCUACAACAGCUGACUUUCAGACCUUUGCGGAGGUAGAUAAGAUCGGUGGAUAAUAUUGGUUUUAUGUGUAAGGAUCAGCUGAUCACAAUCCCUCAAAAUUGAGGAAAUUGGCGCUGAUCGAUCGGCAGGAUGGACGAUGUAUCAGUACACGUUUAGUACCUAACGUUUUUGUGCCAAAUGUCCUCUCCAAAACUCUAAAUUUAUUAACACUGCUCGUGGAAUUUACAUGCUUACUUCAGUACAACUGCUGUAUUUAAGUUUGUUACUGCAGGUUAACAAAUCCACACUUAACUUAAAGUUUCUAACACCAGCUUUCCUUAAAAAAUCAAAAGGCUGGUUUAAGAUAAUCAAUUUUUUAAAAUGGAAAAUUUUCCAAACAGCAUACCAAAUGAUCUUCCUAUGAGUGGGAGCUUAUAGUCCAGUUUAUAACAGUAAAAUAACUAUAAGAUUACCACAGUAAGGGUCAGAUGUUUAAAAGCAUAUGGGGAAAAAACACUGAACAAAACACCCUAAAAGGUAAAAGUUUUGGAGACAUAUGCCAGGAGUAGAACCUGUGACUAAUGAGUCAAUAGGAAAGUCUCCAUAUAGAAACAUUACAGACAUUAAUAAGAUAAAACUAGAGUUAACUACUAUUAGGCCUGCUGAUUGUAAUCACAUUAAAUUAAUUUAACAUAGUCCAAAUCCCAUCUUAGGUUGGGUCUUGAUAAUUCGUCAAACAAUGAGGGUGGUCUAGACCUGUUCUUGGGAUGACGUCUGUUGUGUAGUGGCGCUAUAUAAAUAAAAUUUGAUUGAUUGAUUUGAAAGUGCUUCAGAAAACCAUCCAUGCUGAACUGAUGCCCCAAAUAUCUGACAAACUUUCUUAUCCCUACUUAGUCAAGAUGCCCGUCCUGUGCAGCAGCUGUUCUCACAAGCGGGCCGUGCUGAAACGCCCUAAAACUGCCCACUCUUUGUGUAAGGAGUGCUUCUUCUGGGCCUUUGAGGAGGAAGUGCAUCAGACGAUCGUGGCAGCGAAGCUUUUCAAACAGGGGGAGAGAGUAGGAAUUGCUGCCUCGGGAGGAAAGGACUCCACGGUACUCGCACAUGUAAUGAAGCUCCUAAAUGAGCGGUACAACUAUGGCCUUGAACUCAUGCUGCUCUCAGUCGAUGAGGGGAUCACUGGCUACAGGGAUGACUCCUUGGAGACAGUGAAGAGAAACCAAGAACAGUAUGAACUGCCGCUGAAGAUAGUGUCGUAUGAAGAGCUGUAUGGUUGGACUAUGGAUGCUAUAGUGAAGCAGGUGGGGCUGAAAAACAACUGCACCUUUUGUGGAGUGUUCAGAAGGCAGGCACUCGACAGAGGGGCCAUCAUGCUGAAGGUGGACAAGAUUUGUACAGGUAAAAAGAAUCAGACCCCGGGCAAGAUUACUGGAUGAUUUGUGUAAAUUUGUGACUGUGACUUUAUGUUUUGUUUAUGUUUAGGGCAUAAUGCUGAUGACGUGGCAGAGACCGUUUUCAUGAACAUCUUGCGAGGAGAUAUAGCUCGCCUACGCCGCUGCACUGACAUCUCCACGACCAGUGAAGGCGAAGGAGUGGUUCCACGCUGCAAGCCCCUCAAGUACGCGUAUGAGAAAGAGAUUGUCCUGUAUGCGUACUUCAAGAAGUUGGACUACUUUUCCACUGAAUGUAUCUACUCUCCAAAUGCAUACCGAGGCCAUGCAAGGACCUUUUUAAAGGACCUGGAGAGUGUCAGGCCCAGCUCUAUCAUGGAUGUCAUACACUCAGGGGAGAACUUGUCGGUGCGGGAGGGGGUGAAGAUGCCUGUGCAGGGAACUUGUGACCGCUGUGGCUACAUCUCUAGCCAGGCUCUGUGUAAGUCAUGUGUUCUGCUGGAGGGGUUGAACCGUGGUCUGCCGAGGCUUGGGAUCGGCAAACACCACCGGCUGCAUAACAAAAUUCUCUCCCAGCAGCCUCUCACUGAGAAGGAGGAGAAAAAGCUAAAAUCAGUAGACUUUUGACACCAAUAGUCUCUUCUUUUAUAGGUUAAAACAAAUAUCUAUCAUAAAACUCACUGAUGAAAUUAUUUUUAGUAUUUUUACAAGGAAGACAGUUCUAAUUUCUGAACUGUCUUAUUUGUUUUCACAACACAAAUUCGAUAUUUAUUAUACAAUUAUUUGUAGUGUUUUAUUUUGGUUAAAUUCUCCAGUUCAGAGCAUAGAGAGUUCAUUUAGUUCUCUUAUACCUAGAUUGGGGAUUUGGGACAUUGUUUUUAACAUGUUCAUAAGGACAACAAUCAAUUUUAGAGCUAUGAUUUGUUUAUUUCAUUGUUUGUUAGGUUUUGCCUCUGCUGUUAGUCACAAGGCAGUGGUUUGUAACUGCCAAUGUCUACAAAAGCUUCUAUACCCACUACUCUGUUUUUUUUUUAAACUUUGCGUUUCUGAUGAGUUAUUAAAAAUUGAACAUCAUCAUCAGGAGGUUUGAAGUUGGCCACUUGCACAUAUAUGCUUGAGAAAGCUUUUAAGUUAAAACGUGUGUUACACUGGCUGAAAAAGACUCAACUUUGUCACAUUCUUUUGAUUGGAAUCUCUCACUGUUGGCAUGUUUAGUUUAUUUUACUCUACCUCUUGUGAAAUCCUGCAAUCUGUGCAGGAUAUGAUGACAUAUCACAUUCCGAGGUGUUUCAGAAACUCAAUAAAUGCUUUUUCAUACACUC